UAAUCACAACAAAGUAAAAUUUGCAUAUCAUGAAAGUUUAUUGCACUGCCUGUUUUAAGUAUCAAAUUGAUAAUUCACUCACAAAAAUUAAUAAAAAUGUUUGAAAUUACCUCUAAUGAUUGUCUGAAAUCACAAAAAUUCAUCACAUUGAAAUAAUGACCUGCAUUGUGAAGUUUAUUUAUUUUUCGUUUACCGUUUUUGUAUGUUUACAUCAAACUUCUGCAAUAGAUUGCUUCAAAUGCGUAUCAAUCGGUGGAAACAAUAAAGAAUGUGACGAUCCUUUUCACAACAACGGAACUAUUGGAUACUUAGAAUCUCCUUGUUUGAGCGGGCGAAAAGGACGUGAUGGUCUUUUUCCGGCAACUUCUUGUGUUAAACUUGCUGGAUUUUACUAUGACACUGGGGUGUCGUUGACAGUCAGAACAUGUGCGUUGGACAGCGGGACUCUGACAACCGAUUCAGAAUUGGUCAGAAUGUCACAUUGUGGAGGAUUUUUCUUUGAUGAUAAGUACGUUCGAGGGUGCGUGCAAUCUUGUAACGAUGUAGAUGCGUGUAAUUCGUCUUUCUCAAUUACAGGAAAAUAUCUUACUUAUUAUCUAACAGUUAUAACAUUACAAGUUUUUUCAUUAUUAUAUUAAAAAAAAAAUUUUUUUUUU